AUGGAUCCCAACCAAACUGCCAAAUUCCCUCUGCAUGAGGCUGCCCGGGAGGGUCGGAAUCAGGUUGUCGAGUCCCUUCUCAACGCCAAUCCCAAGUCUGCAUUUGUGAAAGACGAAGAUGAUCGCCUUCCUAUUCACUGGGCUGUGGCCUAUAACCAUAUGCCCGUCGUGGAGCUGCUUGUCUCCAUGAAGAACUUUGAUCCCGAUGUUGAGGUACCUUAUCUCCCCCGUCUUUGUAAAUUAGAUACUGACUUACGGGUUGAUAGGAUGGCUCCGGUUGGACCCCCCCUGAUGAUUGCGGCCAGUCUCAAGGAUGCCGGGGGCGAUCAAAUCCUCGAGCUCCUACUGCGUAAAGGUGCCGAAGUAUCCGUGAAAAGCAAUUCGGGACAGAAUGCGUUGCACUUUGCAAGUUCCAAAGCCAACAUUUCCAUUGUGCGAAUCCUGAUCGCCAACAAAUGCAGUGCUCGCGUUAAGGAUAUCCGCGGUCAACUACCCCUACACCGAGCGGCCGCCGUAGGAUCUGUCCCUAUCCUGCAGAUCCUUUUAGAGGAAGGAAAAAGUCCCGUCAACGCGACGGACGGGGAUGGCAUGACAGCUCUUCACCAAGCCAUUUCCGAGGGCCACGGCCCUGCUGCAAUUUUCCUACUCAAGUCCGGCGCCGAUGCCGAGAAGAGAGAUGGCGACGGAAAAUUGGCAAUUGAACUGGUUCCAGAUGACAAGGUUAAGCAGUAUAUUCUGCAAACUGCCGAACGGGAGGGGAUUGAGCUACCUUAA